AUGGUUUCCAGCCUGCUGCCGUGGUUCCUGGUGCGACUGGUGAACCUCGUGCUGGGUGAGGAGUCCUGUUUGAUCCAGGUGGCGAGUCGUCAACAAGCAUUGGCUCGAUCUGGGAGCCCAGGUGAGUACGGACACCAAGAAACGGCGGCAGUCAGGAGUCUCCUGAAGGACCAUUACCGGAAGAAGGGCCAGAAGGGCCAGAAGGGCCUGGGCAAUUCCAACUGUCCCCCCAAAAUUCCUGGCCAGAAGAUGUAUUUCGCUGGACCCGAUGCAUGCAGCAUUGCCAGUGCCAACAUGAUGUAUCUGGCGCACGAUGGACACAUCAAGCGCGCAGUCAAGGGUGAGAUCAUCGAAAUGAACUGCGAUGAUGUCAUGUGCCCAAUCCCUGUGAUCCCUGACUGCUACAUGUCCCCUGGCAUUUGCAAAGCAGAUGAGUGGUGCUGGAUCAUGCAACAUGAAAAGUGGGGAGCCUGGGCGAUGGCUCCACUUCCGGAUGGCACUUUUGGGCAUACGCCUGACGUGGGCUAUUGUUCAAAUUAUAUCCCGGCCUACGAGAAAGCAUACGCAAAGGCCAUGGAAAAGAAUGACCAGAUGAAACUCAAGGAGCUGAACAAGUCUUUAGAAAUCCUCUGUCCCAGCAGUGCGCAGACCUUCGACAAUGCUUGGCGUCCCAUCAGGGGGCAGUGCUUGCCUUAUCGUCAGGAGCAGCAGAGCUGUUUCCAACAGCAAGACUUAGCGCCGGCCUUUACAGGGGCUUUGGGGCCACGAUACAAGUUGGAUGACAAAGGUUUUCCCAUGGAACGUCCACUUGCGUGCGCGCCGGACCUCGUUUGCACGGCCCCCAACUUCAAUGUGUUGCCCAGCACCUGCGUGCAAAAACGACCGCAGAACAUUUGCUACUAUGGUCCAUGGUGGGAUUCCAGCGAUUGUCCACGUGAUCACAUGAAGGGCAAGCCGGGCUUGACUUACGAUCUGGUAGUCCAGGCGAUGAUCUCAGCAGCCAUGCUCUAUCCCGGCGAAAUCGCUUGGACGGGGAACUGCAGUUACUGGGACCGCACUACGGAGAUUGGCAAAUCGGUGUUGCGGGUGCGUGAACAGAUCUAUAAGAUUGCAGUAGAGCUGUGGCCUUGGGUGGUGCUGAAACGAGGACCACCCAGCCUGGAGGAGUUAGGAGAGAUGCUGCCAGAUCCCUUUGAGUAUUUGGUGAAACAUGAGCACAUGACGCCCCAGCAGGCCUCAGUGCAGUGUGCAAGCCAGUCAGAUGAGAGCAACACCAUGGUGUCGCACCUACUAACGGAGGCACACAUCUUGGCUGCUCAGCCCAACAAGGUCUGGAGUUUGGUCCAUUUCUUUACCUUCAACUUGAUCGAUCUGCAAAUCACGGAAAGCAAAGCCUUAGCCUCGCAGGCGCUUGCGACAUUGUUGGCACAGAACUUUUGGUGCAACGACUGCCGGAGCUUCUUUGAAGUCGGUGUCAUUAAGCAGUUCAACCUCCCCCCGCUGGAUGGGAACGGGAUGCAGAUCGCGCGCUGGUGGCACCACGCCCAUAAUGUGGCGUCGGAACACGUGGCGACCACCAGGGCCGGACACCCCUGGAUCCAUCAAAUUGAUGCCUUGAAGGAAUAUCAGAAUCCCUUCUACAUGUCCUGGGAUGAUGCUUAUGUGGCCAAUUGCCUACUUUGGUUGUGGGAAGUUCAGCUGGAUGAGAUGGAAAACUUGUCCAACAGGCCGAUGGCCUUGGGUGGUCGCUAUGGCACCCACUGGCAUCAGCCGUUGCUUCCCCUGGGUCCCAUGCGGGUGACGAAGGGAGAUCGCUUUAGCUUGGAGGUGAAGAUUUCGGACGCUGUGGGGCAGAAACUGAGCUUUACCUUGAAAGCGGCAGAACCAGGCUCGGCGAGUGCUUGGCAACCCUCCAUGCGCCUGCCCUCCGAUCCGCUCAUGCCGUUGCUGAAGAAUUGGCAGAAGGAGCUUGAGGAGGCCUGUGCGGAAAACACCGCACUGACCUCGAAGAAUCUCAUCGUCCACAACGCCGUCCUCACCGCCCUGCGCCGCCACUGGCCUUGCGCCCUGCAGCUCUUUGCCGCGCUGCCGGCGCGGCGGCUGCGGCCCGAUGGCGUCUCGGUCAACGCGCUGAUGGCCUCAGACGGCUUGACGAAGCGACGGACCUUGGAGCUGCUCCGGGAGAUGCCGAGGCGACUGCUGUCGCCGGACGUGGUGACUUUCGGUGCCGCUUGCAGUGCCUGCGAAGUGGAAACGGCCUGGCGGGAUGCCUUGCAUUUGUUGGGGGAAGCCAGAGGUUUGAAGAUCUGCAGUACCAUCCUGUGCAGUUCGGUGAUCAGCGCGUGUGGCAAGGGGAAGCAAUGGCAAAUCGCCCUAGAUCUGCUGAAAUCCAUGGAGGACCUGGUCUUCCAACGGGUCCAGCCCAACGCCAUCAGCUUCAACUCCGCCAUCAACGCCUGUGGCCGUGGCAGCCAGUGGCCGCUGGCUGUGGCGCUGCUGCAGCGAAUGGCGCGUCAGUCGCUGCGCCCCACGGCCGCGGGCUUCGGGGCAGUGGUGGCGGCCACGGGGCGGAAAGGCCUGUGGCGCAUGGCGCUGCUGCUGAUGGAAAAAAUGGAGGAAGAAGGGCUGGAGGUGAACCCGUGGAUUCGCAGGGGCAUCACGUGGACCUGCCGAAAAGCGAAAGCUGGAGAUUUUCGGAUGAACUUGGGAACUUCGCAGGGAACAUGGGCAGAUGCAGCCAAUUCAGGAUGGGAAAAGGCGCUAUUUCAGUGCUGGGAAACUUUGAAGGAUCCCUUGCAGAGAUCUUCUGGAAGUUCUGCCUGGUACGACUUACUGCCUCCAAACGAAGUGCUGAAGCUGCUGCAUCUGUCAGGAAAGGCUGGGCUGGCUGAAAAUCUCUGGCAGCAGAUGGCGGUCGUGGGCAUGCAGGGACUCAUUGGGUGGUUGGUCAUGAUGGAUGUCUGGCAAGCAAGGUGUGACCGUCGAUGUUUGUUGCUGGCCACUUCCGGCGCCUCUCAGCAGCUCCGAUCCGCCUGGAAAUCGAACAACGGCGACGAAACGUGGACGACGGUGGAGGACUCCAUGGAUUGGGCCGGGCAGAUCUUGCAGGUGAACGACAUGUUCUAUGCCUUGGAGGUCAAUCAGCGAUCUGUUUUUGGACACCUCCAUGGCACGUUUCGCAGCUCCUUGAGCUCGUUGGCGCAACUGAGGAAACCGAGAAGCGACCAGAGUUGGGGUGACGCUGCGCUGCAGGAUACAGUGCUGGAGCAACACUUUUCACUGGGGCUUUACUUCACUCCAGUUGCCCUGAAUGAGCUGGGACUGAGAUACCUUGAUCCAGACGAAAAGAAUUGGGUGCUGCAGUGCAGCCGGCUGUUCGGUCGUUGUUUCGAAUUCUCAGUCCAAGGCGACAAGUCAGAUCCCAACUUCAAUGGUUAA